UAGAUUGCAUCAUGGGUAAUUCCCAAUGUUAUGGACACAAAAAAGUGGAAAUUUUGCUUCACAAGUCCUUCAAAUAAUGUGCGACUUCUGACCGAAACAACCUCACAAUGGCUGCAGAUUUUAUUCUUAACAAUCUAACACAGUAGUGCUUUCAUGCCAAGAUGACAAAUGGAUGAAUUCCCGUCCCAGCGCGGUAAACAAAUCAUGUCAACAAAUUUCAACGGUGUGACAGACGCGCACAAUCCUGGACCUGGGGGCUCCGGCGAGAGGAAAUGGAAGAGUUACAAACUUCUGAUUGACCCGAUUUUGAAGAAGGGCCAGCAGAAAUUGUACCGCUAUGAUGGGGUUGCGCCAGGGCCAUCGGGUGCUGACUUCUCUGUCAAAAUUGUACGAGACCCCAGGUCAAGGUUGUCACGAUUUUGGAAAGGUCGGGAAAAGUAUGACCUUCCUGUCCCCAAAUUUAAGUCUGACAAAUACUACGUCGGGGAGCUGCCCCCGAAGCAAUGCACCAUCACCAACCUCAACGACAACGUGCGGGAGGCCUUCCUGCGCAACAUGUGCGAGAAGUUUGGCACCGUGGAGGACAUCAACAUCUGCUGCCACCCUAAGACCCGCAAGCACCUGGGGCUGGCCAGCGUGACGUUCAGCACCACGCGGGCCGCCAAGCAGGCCGUGCUGGAGCUGAACAGGACCUCCGUCAUGGGCAAGAUCAUCAUUGUCCAGAUUGAUGCUGGAGGCACUGAAUGUGAGAGGAUCUUUGAUUGCCUCGUCAACAGCUCCACCCCAAGCAGCUCCAGCUCCACGCCUCGCGACCCCCGACAUGGCCUGGCCACCCCAGACACGCCCACCCCACGCAGCGCCGGGGCCGGGGACCCCAGAAGACUCUCCUUGGAAAGCAAGACCCCUUUAACGUCGGAAGGCACCCCACUGAGCCUGCCCGAUCACCCGUUUGCAUUCCCAGAGCCACCCCCGGUCGGUUACCCAAUGGGGUCGGACCAAGGGUUCCCUGUACCCCCAAGGCCAUCCACAACCCCAGGGCUGAGCGGAAACUUUGCGGGUAUGAACAUGCAGGACUACGGGGGCAAUCCCCCAGGACCUUUUCCUCAGGAUUUCAACCGGGGCGGCAUGGAGCAGUACCCGCCCCACAGCGGUAACUUCAUGCCUCCGGAGCACCAUGGGAUGUUUCCGAGGCCGCCUCUGGAACAGAGGGGCCUCCCGCCGGGCUUUCAGGACCCGAACACCAACAUGCCGUACCCCCCACAGAUGCCGCCCCUGCACAGUAUGCCAAUGCAGCCCGGCUUCCAUCCAGGACAUCCCAACACAAACUACAACAUGUAUCACGACAGCCAGGCUUGGGAUCACCAGAACUAUGGGCAACAGGGGACCGGGGACGGCUAUGGAUAUUCAAAUCAGCAGCAAGAUGCACAGUUGGGGUACGGGAACCAGGGACAGCCGGGUCAAUGGGAACAUCAGUUCAACAGGAGUAGCUCCCAUCAAGACUUUCAAGCACACAAGCGUCAAGACUCUGACUCGUCCUACUCACAUGGGAGCUAUGCCGAAAGGGAUCAGCCCAGAGACGAUUUCUCGGAUCGGAGGAGCAAAACAAAAUCUAGGAACCACCAAAGGGACUUGCCUGCCUCGGCCGAUGAGGACAGCAACACAGCAGACUCCAAACUUGCCACGGAGAGGGCAGCCGCCACAGCCGUCCAAGACAAGGAGGUGAAACCGCCAGCAACAGAAGAGGAAGAAGAUGAAGCCGCAUCCGAUACAGGCGAGCUAAACAUGAGUCUGGACUCGCGCAUCGAGGCGCUCUUACAGCGCCAAUCCGGAAUGGGGUUCGGCUUUGAGUUGGACUCCUCAUUGAAUUCUGGCCAAGACAGUACUAGCAACAAUGUUGGGGGCGAGUUCAGCCCCUGCCCGUCGCCCAUGGCAGGGGACUCCCCACUCCUGGACGAGGGAAGCCAAACAACCACCUUACAGGAGAGCAGCAGGGAACAUUCCCCCGCACCCCACCCCAGGUAUGACAGUGUCGUCAGCAAACACUGGGAAACCCAAGACACAUCCAAAUCGCACAAAUCACGCGUCGACAAGCUGCAUUUGGAGCGGCAGCUCGGCCACGCUAGUUACAAGAGGCUGCAGCAUUCCCGGGAGGGCAGCACGACAGACGGAUUCGCAGCGGAUGAUUCCUGUAGCAGAGACUCGAUAACGUCUACACCUGAAAUUCGAGACAUGGACAAAGCUUCCACCAUCCCAUCGGGGGCUUCGACACCGACGGUGAAUGAAAACACGAGCAACCUGAGCAUAGGCUCCCUGAUCAACAGGGGUCUGUCCAACCUCCGUAACAUCACCGAUCAGGUACCGUCACCAGCAAUCAGUGCAAGUCCCUUUGUAGAACACCAAGGAAGUAUAGAUGACAGCUUGGGAUCUACACCUGUUGAAUCAGAACCGCAGACAAGUAGACUUCUCUCUGAUACUCAGACUGAAAAGCAGGUCCAGAUUGAGAUAGCCGAUGCCUUGGCGUCGCGGAAUUUGCCAGGAGGUUCCCUUUCAGAUAUGGACGUAGACGAUGACCGCAUGAGCAUGUCGUCCAUCAGUAGCGGGGAAGACACUAAACUAGAGGUCAACGUUCCCAUCCCCCAACCAAAUGAAUCCCGGACCUACGGACCCCCCAUGCCCCCGCCUCCAGCUCCCCCCGGACUGUCGAGCCAAAGCUCGGCCCGGUACCAGUGGCCUGGAGUGUCACUGCCUGGCUACAGUGGACCGUUCUCGUCAACUGGUCCGUCCAACUUUUCACCCAACGUGGGCUUCCCUGGUUUUCAGUCCCAUCAUCCCGGUACGAACCCUUACGCCAUACCGCCGUCGGUCAGCAACGUCCCCGGUUUCCCCGCUGCCAGCGUCGCCCCGUCUGCCUCCUUACCCAACCAGUUUAUAAACCAGUGGGCAAACAUGGGCAUGACCCCGGCGCAGUUUGGCCAGAUCCCUACCAACCCCCAGCACAACCCCUUGGAGAUGUUUGCCCGCCUCGGGGGAUUCCCAAUGCCAUCCUUCAACCUCAACCAGGGAUUCCCUGCCGGCCAGAACCCUUUCCAAGACCAGGCGAGGAUGCCUGGCCCCGGGCAGACAAACCAGGCCAACCAACUCAACCCGCCUUGGCCCGGAGCGUUGCCACCCACACCGCAGUUCCAGCAAUUCCUGCAGCAGUUCCCGCAACAGUUCCAGUCUCCGCCCAUGCCAAACGCCCAAUCAGAGCAAAAUUGGUACUCCUCCCCGCCCAAGUCGGACCCCAGGGAAGACCUGAUCAGUCAACUCCUCAAGACCACGUUCAUCGAGCUCAAGAAGACUAUGAAGAAAGAUCUAGGGCGGAAGAUGGUGGAAUCCUCGGCCUUCAAGUCCUUAGAAACCUGGUGGGAUGACUGUGAACGCAAAUCAAAGGAGCCCCUGAAGGUUGUCACCGAUAACGAGAAGCCAUCGCCAAAGGUCCAGCCUUCUCCCUUGAUGUCUUUGUCAUUUGGCUCCAGGACCUGGAACAUAGGCUCCAGGCCCUGGAACCAAGGCUUAUCACAGGGCAAGAACCUGGGCCUGGAGAGCAUCGGUCUUGGACUGGGUGUCAGAGCUACUAUGCCUCGCAUGCCAUCAUUUAAGCUGAAGAGGAAAGUUCCCGAAGAAGAAGAUCAAGAGAAGAAACCAAGAGCACAGACACCGCAACUGCUGGAUGAGGACGUGUCAGACACAGAGCAAGAAAAAGAUGGUAAACCUUCAGAGAAGCAGCCAGUCCGAAAACACCGGAAGAGUGUGGUCAGUGACGAAGAUGAAGAUGAUGAGGAGGAGGAGGACGAUGAGGAGGACGAUGAGGAGGACGAGGAUGAGGAGGAAGAUGCGGAUGUGAAGGUAUCCAAGGAGGUUGAUGUAGAGGAGGAAGAUGAAGACUUAGAAGAAGAUGAAGACGAAGAAGAUGAAGAUGAGGAAUCCGACUCAGAUUUCGAAGAUGAGAUCAGCAGCCUUAAGAGUGGCUCAGAGAGCUCAGAAGACGAAGAAGAGGAAGAGGAGGAAGAAGCAUCAGACAUGAGUGACUCAGACGAGAGCAGCUCAGGAUCCGAGAUCUCAUCAAGUGAAGAGUCAGACUCUGAUGACGAAGCUAAAGACACCAGCAGGAAGGAGUUGAAAGAGAAGCUGGCUAAGAUACCAGAGGAAGUAGAAGAAGAGCAGGAGGCCAAGAAGGAGACGGAGGAAGUCAAAGAGGCUUCCGUCCCUAAGAAGGCUGACAAGAAGGCCGUCAACGGGGAUGUUUCACAGAAGGAAGCUGUCAAAGACAAAGCCGAAGAGAAAAAAUCCAAGACCAAAAUCUCCAAGGACCUCUCAGAUAAGACCAGGAAGGAUGCAGGGCAGGCAGAGAGUGAGACGAAGCCCUCGGAGAAGGACCAAGAGGCUGUCCAAGACUCUAAACCAGGCAGGACCACCAGGCUGGACUCCUUCGAGAUGCUGGUAGAGCUGGCCACCAAGGCUCGGAGUGAGCUCCUGGAGGACGUCCCCAAUGUCUCCGGAGAGACCGAUACGUCUUCGGAGAAGAACAAGGGUCUCCCGUCGGCGCAGGAAGCCAUCAAGAAGGGGACGGUAGAAGGCUCCCAGGAUGCCAAGCUUCCGGAGCUUCUGGAGAGCAUUGAGGAGGAGGUGGUCAUGGAGUCCGUGGAAGACAUGGAGAUGCAGAUAGGUGCUAAGAAGGCCACCAAGGCUGCCCUGCCAAAGGAGGCGGCCGAUGACCAGCAACCCCUCCCCUUCCUGGACCACAGCUACUGCCAGCGCCCGCCCCCGUCCCCUCCCAAAGAAUCCCCGCCCAAGGAAUCCCCGCCCAAAGAAUCUCCGCCCAAGGACAUCGCCAACCAGGUCCUCUCACACCAGCCCAUGCUGAAGCUGGUCAAGUUGGACCUCUCCGACCAAGAGCUCCCCGCCACGCCCAAAGCCGCCGCUGCCACCACCGAGAGCGAGGAGAUCAUUGACGUGGUCUCGGACGCCAACGUAGACGUCACGCCCAAGAAGCAGAAAUCCGGCAAGAGGAAACACAAGGUGGAGCCGUCCUUAGAAGAGGAGGUCGCAGUCCCCGUCCCGUCCAAACCUGAGUUCAUGCCCAGGAAUUAUUACGAGGAGUGGGGUCUACUCUACCAGAUCCUGGCGGCAGGCAUAGACCAGGAGGACUCCUACUACCUACGGAAGAGCUACGAAUCCAUGAUGCAAGAGGGCAGGAUACCCUGGCUCAGCUACACUCACUGGGUCUUACAUCCACUGACUGCGAUUCCAGACCCGCCCAAGAAGAAACGCAAGGUGGACGACGUCCGGAUUCACGGGACGGGCUCGGGGAGAACGGAAGGCUUCUAUAAGAUCACGACGCAGGAGAAGAAGAAGUAUCUGGCCAGGUUACGAACGUUGCCCCAGGACAAGGGAGAAAACAAUGAGGACUCGAGUGUAGCAAUCAAGGCAAGCGGAGGCAAACACAUGCAGUUAUCUCGUGAGGCAAGGUCAGACCAGCGACGUGCUAUGGCAACGCUCACCAGGCAAGACGGAGCUGUGUCUGAUCUCCUGAAAUUCAACCAACUCAAGUUCCGUAAGAAGGACCUGAAGUUCCUGAAGAGCGGCAUCCACGGCUGGGGGCUGUACGCCAUGCAGCCCAUCUCGGCCGACGAGAUGGUCAUCGAGUACGUCGGGGAGUCCAUCCGGCAGAGCGUGGCCGACGAGCGCGAGACGCGCUACGAGAAGAUUGGAAUCGGUAGCAGCUACCUGUUCCGCAUCGACGCCGACGCCAUCAUCGACGCUACCUUGACCGGCAACCUGGCGCGGUUUAUCAAUCACAGCUGUACGCCCAACUGCUACGCCAAGAUCAUCUCCAUGGAGUCGCAGAAGAAGAUUGUUAUCUACUCCAAGCAGAACAUCAGCACGGGAGAGGAGAUCACAUACGACUACAAGUUCCCCAUCGAAGACGAGAAAAUCCCCUGCCUGUGCGGCACGACGCAGUGCAGAGGCACCCUCAAUUAAGACAUUGUGGGGCUGGGCAGACUCCUGCAUCCUUCAAAAAACCCAACAAAUCCCAUGGCACAUUCUUUCUACAUCAAGAAAAAAUUGAGACGUUAUUUUGCAUGAAACGUUUAGAACACUGGCCACUGUUGUCCAAUCCAGAAAGGUCGAUUGUGAUAAAAUCUCUAGUCUUUCAUAUUAGUCUCAAGUAAAGUAACAAUCUAUUCCAAUGAAUUCUGAAAAAAAAAAAAAAAUGCAUUUUUUUUUUCACUGUUAAUCCCAG